GUGAAAACAGCCAGCCAAGAAGGGGAGUCAUGCAGUUGCGGAUGCAGCUCUCACACCAAGCCACAAGCCGGCCAGAUCAGUCAGAGAGAGUGGGUGUGUGAGAGAAAGAGAGAGGGAAAGUGUACGUGAGCGUGUCCGUGUGUGAGUGUGUGAGGACCAGAGGCUCCAAAGGACGUCACACACUCCCAGAGAGAGAGGGAAGCACGCUGCCACAGGAAGGUGUCCAUCCUCACACAUUCUGGGCUGUGGAAGAGUCAACAAGUCAACAGCCAGUGAUCGAAGCCCAGUGAGUAUCCAGAGGUGGAUGAAGUGAGGCGAUGAUGUACUUUUAGUGAAGUGGAUAUUUCUCAGCACUGCCAAAAACUCAGCAUUUUCCCAUCCUAGCUCUCUGAGGGGGGCAUCCAACUCCUCAAGUAGGAAAAGGCGUGUGAUCCACUGAGAGACUAUCCGAAGGUUUGUGAAGUGUGUGUUUGUACCGCUAUGGAUCAGCCAGCCAGCAGCUGCAUGCGGAGCGCCCAUCCCAGCAGCCCCAUCUGGGGAUGCAUGAGGAACCCUCACUCGGGGGUCCCGGGGGCCGGUCUCCAGUCGCCCUACCAGCAAGCCCCCUUCUCCCUGCACCAGAAGCCAGAGUUCCUCGCCUACACAGACUUCUCCAGCUCCUGCCUGGUGCCGACUGCGCCGCAUGCAGCCUACCCCCGCGACGACAGACUGUACCAGGAGAGCCACACUCCACCGGGGGGCUACCAAAGAGCUGACUGGCAGUUUAACCCCUGCGAGACGCGGGUGAGAGGGCCUGAGGCCUGCCCGCCGGUGGCCCCAGCAGCAGUGGGUGGCGGGGGCGGAGGGGUGGGGGUAGGGCCAGAGAUGGACAGUGUAGGUGCAGAAAGGCUGCCAGGGGCUGUGCCAGGGUGCCUGGAGGGGGAAUACUCGCCCCAGAGCGUGGCGUCGGCCGACUCAGACAAGAAGAGCUCCAAGCGGAAGAGAGAUGUCACAGACAUCCAGGACUCCAGCUUUAAGGUGGACUCCAGCUGCAAAGCCAGGAAGGAGCGCACAGCGUUCACCAAGGAGCAGCUGAGGGAGCUGGAGGCAGAGUUCACCCACCACAACUACCUAACCAGGCUCCGCCGCUAUGAGAUCGCUGUCAACCUGGACCUCACAGAGAGACAGGUGAAAGUGUGGUUCCAGAACAGGAGGAUGAAGUGGAAGAGAGUGAAAGGAGGACAGUCGACCUCGCCCAACGACCUGGAGAAUGACGACAUAGACUCGGCUGCUUCGCCCAGCUCCGAAUGAACAAAGGACCAGCGUUGUGAAAAGGAGAUGCGGACGGCCUCUGAGACAAAGAAAGGGAGGUCAACUGGACACCAGUGCAGCACAAUGUGCUUACAGUUACAUCCUUGGAAAGUUGGCUGCAGGAAUAAAAUAAUUCUAGAGACUUGUCACCCCAGGAAAAAACACUGGGUAAUUCCAUUUGUGUUUUGUGUUGUAAAUAAUGUAUGGCUUAGUUGAUUGAUGUCCGUAUUGAACUCCAUUUUGACACACCAGUGACAAAUGCCCUGUUUGAAAUCCUGACUCUUGUAGCAUUAACCGUGGUCAGAGAUUAGAGAUGAUAGUUCGCUAUAAUGGCAAGUCUCUGCUCAUUCGGUGCUGCAGAGCAGUGACAAAUUCAAUGCAAUAGCUUUUAGGCCAGCGAUGACAUAUCAGACCAUGAUGUGAUUGUGUUUGAGUACAUCCCCUUUGGUUCCCAUAUCGUAAUCAUGGCCUUUGACGCUUGACUACAACCACCUGCGAAAACUCAAACUCCACAAGUGCUGCCAAACCAUAAGUGCCUCCAAAUCUGAUUUUUUUUUUCAUUU